AUGGCGUCGAUUAAAUAUUUAUUAAUUUUCGUGUUAUUUAUAAAUGGAGUAAGGAGUGAUAGUUUAUUUGAAAGGUCGUACGAGUACGUUAUGAAUUUGGGAAAGAAUUUAGGGCCGACGUUUAAUGGUUUUUUGGAUUGUUUCGGGGAGAGGGAUGCUUGGUCUUGCACGAGGGAAAUGGCGGGAAGAUUGCUUGACAGCUGGGAUAGAGAUGUUGAGAAGCAAAGGAAGCUAUGGGCAGAUGCUGCAGAUGCUGAAGUGACGUCAUCUGGCAGGUCAUUUGAGGAGAUGCCUUCGAAGCUGGGGCAAGAGAUUGAGCUGUCUCUUGCGGCGCUAACAAAUACAGUACAGAACAGCAUGGCAAGAGCCUUGUCGAGAAAGAAGCACGACGACGGGGGUGGAAUAGACAGCAUCACGAUAUCGACAUCGAGCAACGAAAAGAAGAAGAAAAUGAAAAAGAAGAAGCAGAAACCACCGAAGAUACAUCUGGUCCAUCCAGUGAUGAUGCCCAUGCAGAAGGACGAAAAAGGUCGUAGUUUUGGGAAGGUUCAAUCGUGGGUUGUUGGACAGAAUGCUACUAGACGGGGGAGGGGUUUUCUGGAUGAUAUGUGGAGCCUCGGAGCGAAGACCCUGGAUUCGAUGGCGGAGCAUGUGUUGGAAAUGGAAAGUUCAGAGAAUGGAAUCGUAGACCGCAGUUCAGUAGCAGAACAAAGAGGUAAAAAGAAGAAGAAAAAGAAGGCCAUCUUGAAGCUCUUGAUUCUGGGAGCCGUGCUCAAAGCGAAAAUCGGAACAUUGUUACAGAUCCUAUCUUUCAAAUUACAGGUCAAGUUCUUCAUAAUAGCUCUCAUCGGUUUGGCGAUCAACUUGGCGAGAUUCUGGGUCGAGUUGAAGAACAAACACCAACAGCCUCAAAAGGUGAUAUAUUAUGAGCAUGCGCAACAUCAGCACCACUACGAACACGAGGAGGAGCCCGGCUGGGGACCCUGGUCGAGGAGUAUGGAACCUGAAGAAACAGAGUCAGAAAUAGGUGAAAACAAUUCACCGUACAGGGGACAAGAGGCAGUCGUCCAGUACCCAUCGAGACCCCUCUUAACCCUUUCUUAAUUUAAUUAAUUGAUUAAUUAAUUUAUUUAUAGUCCAUUAGUCAAUAUUUAAUUAGAAAUAAAUAUAAGGGAUCUUACAAAAUUUUUAGUAAAUUUGCAUUUAAAAUUGUUAACUUUUGGUUAAAACUUUGCAUUUAUUAACAAAAUUGUUAAUUUAUAAUUUUAUUUUUAAUAAAACGAGCUAUGAUUUGCAAGAUUCCGCAUUUUAAAAUUUGUUAUGUAAUUUAAAAUUUUCGUUCGGAAUAUUGCAUUUUUAUAUUAAUUGUAAAUGUCGAUUGGUCUGUGGAAAUUGUAAUUUAUUUUUAUUUAUAUUGUGAGUGUGGUUGUUGAAUAAAAGAGAUAUUAUUUA